UUAAAAUGGAACCUCUUGGUUUGAAACAGGAGAAAGAAGCCAUAGAUCUAGGGAGUAAGGAGAGAAAGGCGGUUAAGAUUGAAGUAAAGGUUGAAGUGAAGGAAGAGGAUCAUUUAGCAAAAAAUGUGCAAAAUUUGGAAAAUAUGAAAGAAGAUGCAAAGAAGAAGAUUGUUGAAAAGCCUAGGCCUUGUAAAGAAGAUUUAGCACCAACUAAACUAGAUCAAGAUACUAAAAAGGAAGCGAAACAAGAAGUAAUUGAAGAUGCUCCAAAAGAUUUAAUUAAAUCAAAGCAAAAAGAAAUUUUGACUUUUAAAGAAUUCUAUCAAUGAUUAGAUAUUGAACUUGAAGAUGAAGGAGCCUGCUCCAUCUGAGAGAAACCAGAUGCAAAAGUUAUUUGAAAGCUUGGAUGUAAAAGAAAGUUCCAUGUAAUAUGAUUAGAAAAUGUGUUGAUUCAAAACAUUAAUAAUACUGAAAUUUCAUGUGAGAAUUGCAUCUUAAUGCAGCAUCCUUGAGGAAUUUGUGGAAAAUUAAGCAUUGCUUCUCCUAGUAAUUUCAAAAGAUGUCAGAAAGAUGAUUGUCCUUAUUAUUAUCACACAAAAUGCUUAACAGAGCUGCAGAUAUCAAGACCAGAUCUUCCUCCUGGAUGCCCAGCUCAUUAUUGUUCUAGCAGUUUAGCUCCUCUUGAUCCCUCAGCUCCUGAUAUAAUCCACUGUAUCAGAGGUCCUACUAAGUAUCACCCCAAUUCUAAACCUCCAAAGAAUCUAAAGUUUAUAACUAAAACUGAAGUGGUAUCUCCCCAAUAUCUUCUAACUCCACCUAAGCCCAACCUCGAAGGACCACAGGCAGAAUUCGGUACCUUCACUAAUCCUCCCAUCAGAGUCAGAAAUAAUGAAAUCCUCCAAAAUUUCAGUAAAAACAACUUCUCAGAACCCUCAUCUAACAUAAAUCAACUCCUCCGCUCUCCAAAACGCCAACCCACUAACAAAGAACCCUCUGUGAAGGAAGAAGUCAAGAACCAAGGUUCUCCAACCCCAUGCCUCACCACUAUAUCUAAACCCCCUCCUAAAACAGGUACUAUAAAUCCAGUCGAUGACCACUCAGAAUUGCUCAAAAGUAUUCCUCCAGCCUUGAUCCCACAAGAUUUUGAUAUUUCUAAGUCGAUUACUCAGAUAACUCAGCAGCUUUCGGUAGCGGUGGCUCAAGGUAGUCAGAUUUUGGCGAAUACGAAGGGGAUAUCGAUCACUCAGAGGAGAAGUAGUUCGAAUUUCUUUACCAAGUAUCGGAUUGAUGGCCAUGGGUUUAGUAGCUGAGGGAGGAGACUAAAUAGCGAUGAGAUAUAUGCCCAAUGGCUCUUAAAUCCUCCAAAAAGUAUGUAUAUCUUAAGCCAAAAGAACCUGGUCGCUACUUUAGAGAAGCUGAAUGAGAAGCCGACAAGACCAGUACAGGAAGAAAACUUGGAAACAAAGAAGCCGCUGUCAGGUCUGAAAAGGACAGCCAAAAUGGUAUCAAAGUUGUUCAAAGGUCAGGAGAUCAGAUCAAAGAUCCAGAAGAGGUCUGAAGAUAUGUAUAAAGAACUUGAAGAUCACCUCCUCGCUCCAGCUGCUCCUCUGAAGCCAGUUUUUAACCAAGAAUCUAUCUAUAAAAAGUAGCUAAAAUCAAUCUUUCAGCAA